CUCAUUACCGAUUAUUGACAAGUUGUGAAAGAAGAAAAUACACAAAUUCUUUGAAAAGCGCUUGUAAAUUUGAAUUGACAACGCAGAUGGUUUGGACAGUAUCUAUUAUUUUCUACAAAGUCUGCACUUGAAUCCAUCAUUGAGAGGGAGAGAUGACAAUAGUGAUGCGAGGCAGCCCGGCAGGGGGGGACACACCCCAGGAGCCCCAGCAGGCCGGCCAGCCAGCCACUGCCCCCACUGUUCUUCAACCUGGAACAGCUGUUCCCACUCCUGCAAUACCAACACCUGCUCCGGGUUUAGUUUCUACUACAGUAACACCAGUUGCAGACGAGAAUGGUCAGGGCGAUGCCAACAUGGAGACAGGGGAAGACGGGGAGCCAGAAUUCCCACUCACAGAACUCGCCCGUCUGGAUGAGAUGAUCAAUCGUCCACGCUGGGUUGUUCCCGUCUUACCAAAGGGGGAACUAGAAGUCCUUCUAGAUGCUAGCAUCAAACUCUGCAAGGAAGGGCUGGACACAAGGAGUGAAGCCUGUCAGCGAUUCUUCAGAGAAGGACUGACUGUGUCAUUUACAAAGAUCAUGACAGACGAUGCUGUCAGUGGCUGGAAAUAUGAAAUCCAUAAAUGUAUCCUGAAGAAUGCUGAAAAGCUUGUAGAGCUGUGUAUUGUGAAGAUGCCCCAGGACUGGUUCCCCUUGCUUGACCUGCUGGCCAUCAUCGUUAACCCCCAGUGCAAGUUUCACAACUACAACAGUACGCGCACUCCGGAGACGGUGCCUACAGGUUCCAACCUGGCAGAUGACGCACUGUUUGCCAGGCCCCCAGACCCACGCACCCCAAGGGGUUGGCUUGUGGACAUGGUGAACAAGUUUGGUCAGCUGGAUGGGUUCCAGAUGCUACUGGACAGAUUCCUAUCUGGCCAGUCUCUCUCUGUGCCACUUAUAGCUGCACUUAUCAAGCCUUUUGGGUUAUGUGCAGAAGUUCUAACUCCACAUACAGUUCAAAAAUACUUGAUGCCUAUCGUGGAACGAGUUCCAGUGUUCCUUGAAGAGCUGACUGAUGAUGAACUGAAAAAAGAAUCAAAGACAGAAGCAAAAAACGAUGCCCUGGCCUCGAUUAUCAAGGCUCUAAAACAGCUGGUGUACCGACUGCCCAAUAUGGAGGAAAAGAUCAAAAGUCUGGAGAUUUUCAGGCUUAAGAUGAUCCUCAGGUUGCUGCAAAUAUCCUCGUUUAAUGGGAAGAUGAAUGCACUGAAUGAGGUGAAUAAGGUGAUAGCGAACGUGUCAUACCACUCCAGUCGACACACGCCGGCCGAGGAGGAUGAAUGGCUAACUGCGGAGAAAAUGGCUGAAUGGAUCCAGGAAAAUGAAGUGCUAUCUAUUGUGUUGAGGGACAGCCUACAUCAGCCCCAGUAUGUGGAAAAGCUGGAGAAAAUUCUCCGCUUCAUGAUCAAAGAGAAAGCCCUCUCUCUACAGAACCUCGAUAAACUCUGGGAGGCUCAAUCCGGGAAGCACGAUGCCAUAGUGAAGAACGUUCAUGAUCUGCUGGCAAAACUGGCCUGGGACUUCUCCCCGGAGCAGCUCGACCACUUGUUUGAAUGCUUCCAGGCGAGCUGGCAGCAUGCCUCCAAGAAACAAAGGGAGAAGUUACUGGAGCUGAUCAGACGACUGGCCGAGGAUGACAAGGAGGGAAUAAUGGCCCAUAAGGUGCUGGGGCUGUUAUGGAACCUUGCACACAGCGAGGAUGUGCCCACGGAGAUUAUGGACCAGGCCUUGUCGGCACACAUCAAGAUCCUGGACUAUAGCUGCAGUCAGCAAGACCGUGAUGCCCAGAAGAUGAGCUGGAUCUCCAAGUUUGUGGAGGAACUAAAGAACGACAAGUGGGUGUUGCCGUCCCUCAAACAGAUACGGGAAAUCUGUCAGCUCUUUCCAGAGGCUCCCCAGAACUACCCCCACGUGCCUAACAGAGUAUCACAUGUGUAUUACCGCAACUCGGUGAUCAGCAUCCUCCAGACGAACCACGCCAUUGUGAUGGCUGUCGCUCAGAAUCUCUCCGCCUAUAUGAACAAGGCCAGGGCUUAUGCCAAAGAGCACCCAAGCGUUGAUCCUGUGGAUAUUUUACAUGACGGGAGGUUUAACCAUGUGGUUCAAGUACAGGAGCGGCUCCGAUUUCUCCGCUUUCUCCUCAAGGACGGACAACUCUGGCUGUGUGAAUCUCAAGCUAGACAGAUAUGGCACUGCCUUGCAGAGAAUGCCAUCUACCCGACAGACAGAGAAGCAUGCUUCAAGUGGUUUGCAAAGCUUAUGGGGGAGGAGCCAGAUUUAGAUCCAGAAAUAACGAGGGAAUUCUUCGAGAAAAACAUUCUCCAGUUUGAUCCCAGUCUGCUUACAGAAAAUGGAAUGAACUGUUUUGAGCGUUUCUUCAAGCAUGUGAACGUGAAGGAGAAUAAGUUGAUCCAGAAGCGUCGGGGCGGUUACAUGAUGGAAGACCUUGAACUUGUGGGAUACGACUAUCUUUGGAGGGAGGUGAUGCAUGGGCCUGAGGAUGUUGCUGAGAAGGCUAUCACUCUUCUGAAGGACACCUUCACCAACCUGGGCCCACGUCUGCAGCAGUCACAGGUGGAGAUACAUGAGGACUUUAUGCAGACCACCAUGGACAGACUUAAGGCCCUGUAUGAUACAAUAUCGGUGCUUGAGGGUGACAAGGAAUCCAGCAGUCAACUGAUGGCUGAAACCACACGGAUGAUUCGAGCACUGACUGUCCUUAAGGAGUAUGUGAACGAAUGUGAUGAACAGUUCGGAGAAGAGAGGUCCAUUUUACCACUAAGCAGGGCAUGUCGGGGAAAGCUGGUCACUCUGGUGGUGCGAUUUCCCAACCAGGGACGGCAGGUUGAUGACAUUGAGAUCUGGUCGCACACAAAUGAAACCAUAGGAGCGGUACGUCGCCACAUCCUUCACCGGGUCAAGGCUAACAGCAACGUGAAGGUGGACCUCUACAUCAACGGGGAUCUACUUGAGCCAAGUGAGGACAAAAAACUCAUCUCCCAGGUGCCACUCCGGGAUAAAAUGUUGAUAUCAGCAAAGCUGGUACAUGUGGGCAACUCGAUGCCAUCCAGCCCCGACACAAGCUCUGACAGUUCAGGGGGAUCACCCCACCACGCAUUUGACGGGCCAAACAUAGAGGCAGAAAACUGUCUCCCUGGAGUGCUGAUGUCAAACAACCAGCGUUGCUGCCAGUUCCUGUUCCAGCUAGGAGAUCUUGGCUGUUCGUUGCAAGUCUCCAAGCUAAGGGACACGGCCAGGACACUUCUCAAACUUAUGCCUGCAGACUCUGGUACCAAGGAGAAACUCCGGACGAUGUGCAGUGAGCAUGCACGGACGGGGACGGGCGUAUCACAGCAACUAGAGACCAUGUUCUUCAACUCCUCACCUUCACAGGUUCUCUAUAACAUUGAGGUUGCGUACAGUCUGUUGAUGCCUUCUCAAGAUCCAAUGGCAGAGGAUGCAUUUGAAUUCCAGUACAACUUUAUAAAGAGUGGAGGUGUACAGCUGGCACUAAACAUGUUAACCAAGAAUAAUUUCCUGCCAAAUGCAGACCUACCUACCAGGAGGUCAGCGUAUGUGUCAGUAUUGAAGAUGUGCAAGCUCAUGUUGACAGUUGUGGGAUAUGCCAAGUUGCAGGUUGUAGUUGAUGCGUGUAGUAACGAGCCUCGGGGGCCGCCCAUCACCUCCGCGGAGCACAGCCAUGCUGUUAUCCUACAGCAGGCGUUACAUCACAUACCCAACCACAGCACAGAGUUCACAACCCGCAACGUUGCCAUAAGGCUGGGCCAGCAACUAGCAGAACAGGCAACAGCAGUGGUCCCAGACCUGAACACUAUAAAAGCUAUACAGAAGAUAGCCUGGUCAUCAGGUAGCGGCUCGCUACACCUGGUACAUGCAUCCAACGAUGAUAUCCACAAGGCUCAUGAAAAGGAGGUAGCUGCAGACCAAGAUGACCUGACAGUGUCUCGUGAAGCUAUGGAGGUCCUUACAGUGUGUAUGCUGUUGUGUCCUAGUGCAACAGACGUGCUACACAAGGAUAGGGCCUGGCAACAGUUCAUCAAGGACUGCCUCUUGCACUGUCGGAACAAACCAGUACGGAUGUCGGCAUCAGAGCAGUUCUUCUUGAUGGCGACCAAGUGUAGCAGCACCCACAAGCCCGUUGUGUUCUUCAUACAACUCCUCUUUACUGUCCUCUCAAAUUUAGCAAAAGACAAUGCAAAGCAAGCUAGUGAAUAUUUCCAUUUGUUAUGUAGAUUGCUUAACUAUGCGUGCAGUACGGAUGUUAACUUGCCGAAUGCAGAGGCUUUGUUAAAUAACGAAAUACAGUGGCUCAAAACUGUCAAGGAUCAGGUUUUGUCUAGCGGAGAAAGCCAGGUAGAGGAGACAUUGCUGGAGGGACAUCUGGGAAUCACCAAGGAGCUACUCGCCUUCCAGAGCGCAGAGAAAAAGUACCAGAUGGGAUCUAUGCAGGGAGGUGUGAAUCUCAUCAAGGAGCUUGUGGAAGAUUUUGUGUUCCCGGCGUCCAAAGUUGUUGUUCAAUGUCGAAAGUCUAAUGGGGAUUUCCCGACUGAGCAGGCAACCCCGGUGUGUUCCGCUCCACUGACCACGAUAGCGGCGUACGACCUGCUUGUGGCGCUGUGUACAGGAUGUGUACCCAACCUGCGCACACUCGCUGCUCUACUUAUAGAUAUGUACUACAAUGUUGAGGCCCCUUUGAUAGAAUGGGAGUACCUUCCUCCAGUGGGAGCGAGGCCCAACAAGGGGUUUGUAGGGCUGAAGAACGCUGGGGCCACAUGCUACAUGAACUCUGUACUGCAGCAGCUGUUUAUGAUUGAGCCAAUCAGGGCGGGGAUUCUUGCUGUGGAGGGGGCUGCAGAUGACGUCACGGAAGAUUACUCAUCUAUGGAGAAAGGGGAGGGAGAGACAAAUGUUGACAUGUGUGAGGAAGAGCGUAAAGACGAGGAGAAGCCGGUCAGUAACCGGGAUGAAGAGCGCAAAGAGUACAACCUGGGGAUACUGAAGCAGAUACAGCUCAUAUUUGGUAACCUGGCUGCCAGCAAACUACAAUACUAUGUGCCAAAAGGCUUCUGGAAACACUUCCGACUAUGGGGUGACCCUGUAAACCUUCGAGACCAGCAUGAUGCCUUGGAGUUCUUUAACAGUCUCGUAGAUAGCCUUGACGAGGCACUAAAAGCCAUGGGUCAGAUCAGCAUACUGCAGAAGGUCCUUGGUGGGUCUUUUGCUGACCAGAAAAUCUGCAAGGACUGCCCACACAGGUACCAGAGAGAGGAACCGUUCACAUCACUGAAUGUAGAUAUCCGUAACCACCAUAACCUGCGAGAGUCGCUAGAACAGUAUGUCAAGGGGGACUUGCUGGAGGGAGCUAAUGCAUACCACUGUGAUAAAUGUAACAAAAAGGUUGAUACUGUCAAGCGUCUUGUGAUACGAAAGUUGCCCAAAAUCAUGGCUAUACAACUGAAACGGUUCGAUUACGACUGGGAAAGGGAAAGUGCAAUAAAGUUCAAUGAUUACUUUGAGUUUCCUAGAGAGUUUGAUAUGGAGCCAUAUACUGUGCAGGGUCUUGCCAAAAUAGAAGGGGAGAUUAUUGACACUGACUGUGAUGAGAAGGGCCAGAGCACAAAGUACAAGUUGACAGGGGUGGUGGUACACAGUGGUCAGGCCAGUACCGGGCACUACUACUCCUAUAUACUCCACAGGAGUGAGGGCUCACCAAAGUGGUACAAGUUCGAUGACGGUGAUGUGUCGGAGUGUAAGAUGGAUGAUGAUGAGGAGAUGAAGAACCAGUGUUUUGGUGGCGAAUACAUGGGGGAGGUCUUCGACCACAUGCUUAAAAGAAUGACAUAUCGGCGGCAGAAGAGAUGGUGGAAUGCUUAUAUAUUGUUCUACGAAAGAAUCGAUGAUGUGGAUGAUGAAAUAAUCACAAAAACUGUGCAAGAUCUAAGCAUAACCCAAAAGCCUAGUCUAGUAAAGAUGCCUAAAACGAUCGAGAAGUGUGUACGGAAACAGAACAUCAUGUUCAUGCAUGAGCGGACGCAGUUCAGCCCUGAGUAUUUCCAGUUUAUGCGGAAACUUCUUACCUGUAAUCAGAUAUACACACACACUGGAACCACGCAGGAUAAACUAUCACCGGAAGCAGAACAGCUGGCUAUGUUGAGUACCGAGCUGGCUUCCAAAUUCCUCUUUACUGUCGGCUUUCACACCAAGAAAUCUCUCAGAGGUUCAGCGACGGAAUGGUACGAGGCGUUGACAUGUAAUCUCCGGUCUAGCAAGUCUGUACGCAUCUGGUUUGCCACUAAUGUCAUGUUCCCACAGCCUGGAAGGUUUGCCGAAUAUCUACUUGAAUGCCCCAGCUCUGAGGUUCGGAAUGCGUUUGGCAAGGUUGUGGUGUGCCUUGCCCACUUCUCUCUCAAUGAUGGAGCGUUCCCCGCCCAGGGGCUCCCAGGUACCUAUGUUGCGGACCCUGCUGCCACGUUGAGUGACCACCUGAUGACAGCAGUGUUACAGCUGCUCAAGAAGGAAGUCUCUGAGCACGGCCGCCAUCUACAGCAGUACUUCCAUCUCUUCCUUAUGUACUCUAACCUCGGCACACAGGAGAAACGGCACCUGUUGAAACUGAACGUCCCACACCUGUUUAUGAUGGUGGCGUUGGAUGACGGGCCAGGUCCCCCCAUCAAGUACCAGUACGCUGAGCUGAGCAAACUGUACUCCGUGGUCUCCCUGCUUGUUCGCUGUUGCGAUGUCUCCUCCAAGUGUACAUCUUCAGGGCCUAACCAGGAGCCCCAACCAAACCCGUUUGGUGAACAGAUAUUGAUGGAGAUUCAGCCCCAGGUGGCGGAUGUGCUCAUUGCUCGCACCAGCUAUGUGAAGAAACUCCUUGAGGACUGUAACAACUCGGAGGACACGACCAAAUUGCUCCGGUAUUGUUGCUGGGAGAAUCCUCACUUUUCCUCCACUGUGUUGAGUGAACUUCUGUGGCAGAUAGCAUAUUCGUACACAUACGAGUUGCGGCCCUACCUGGAUCUGCUGUUACAAAUGUUACUUCUGGAGGACUCCUGGCAGAACCAUCGCAUACAUAAUGCUCUCAAAGGUAUUCCUGAUGAUCGAGAUGGGUUGUUGGACACAAUACAGCGCUCCAAGAGCCACUACCAGAAACGAGCUUAUCAGUGCAUUAAAAUGAUGGUGGCCCUCUUUAUGCACUGUCCUCCAGCCCAGCAGAUGUUGUUGAGCCAGGGGGAUCUCAAGCGCCGCUGGACUAUGGCUGUUGACUGGUUGACUGAGGAAUUAGAAAGGAGACCGUAUCCAGGCAACACACAGUACACAUAUAACAACUGGUCCCCUCCCGCCCAGUCAAAUGAGACCUCUAAUGGAUAUUUCUUGGAGCGGUCCCAGAGUGCGCGUGUGACGCUAGCCAAGGCCAUUGAGCUGUGUCCUGACCCUGAUGAGGACCAGGAGGAGGAGUUAACAGACGGAGACGCAGACACUUCACAUCCCGAGGAAACGCUGCCUGUACAGGAGGAGGGCGGGGCUGAACAGGGGAGCAGGAGACCACAAAAUAAUCAGCAGGCUGCUGGAGAGAAACCGACCCAACCAAACCAGCCGAGCCAGCCAGCUCAGACGAGUAGUCAACCAACACCCAGCCCCUCGUCUGCCCCCACAUCUGGCCCAUCAAUCGACCCUUCCCUUGGACCCUCAACCAGCACUGAGCAGGAAGGCAGCCCUCCUGACAUUACCAGCCCUCCGGUGACAUUAGAACAGCCUAAAGAGAAACAGGAGACCAAGUGUGAUGUUUCACAGAGCUCGGCUGAGACUAAAGAGAAAGAUGAGAAAACCAAAUCACCGGUUCCCGAGCAACAAGGCAGUAAGGGAAUCAAAGAGACCAAGACCUCUAACAAGGAGAAGGGAGGGAAGCCUGUAUAAACUCUCCAGGAGUUAUCUUUACACCACAAACAGUUAUGGAAUUAAGCUAAACAGCUGGUGUGACCUUAACUGAGACUUGAGAAUUGUAGUGGUCUUCACAAAAUGAUGCUUCAUCCAUCUAUACAUACCAACAUACAUACUUGUACAAACGCUGUAUUUAUAAUGAUUUUCAAGGGACAUGUACAUUUUCAUGACUUUUUAGUCCAGAGAGUAUGUUAAAAGAAGAAUUCCAUUUGUAUAAUUUUGUUCUGUAUGGAAAACAUAAUUAUUGAAUUUCUCCCGAACAUGAAUGUGGUUUUCCUGGAAUCCUUCUGUUUGGUGAUUUAUUGUGAUUUGAUUUAAAUUUAUUGAUAUACAUGUUGGCAAGAACGAAAAAUACUUGUAAGUGCAUUUAUGGUCAAACUUGACUUGUUAAUUUUUAUCACAGACUGGCGACCAGAUGUUUUAUUCUGAUAUUUCCAAAUAAAUGCAACCUGUUAUACAGAGGCAGUAAAUACUGUUUGUACAUAAAGAUGCAUCUGUUUUGAAUCUUAAUUCCUUUCAUUUGAUAUGUUUGUAAAUUGGAAGGAAAUAUUUGUAUUUCCAUUCAUCUGAAGUUAUUCACUACUGUAUACCAGAACACUCUUGUUACAGCAUUUUAAAGUGUUACAUUUCAGUUUAUCAACAUGAUCAUCAAAAUUGUAUGUCAUCUCCAUGUUAGGCGAAGAAUUAACAAAACAUUUUUUAUAGCAGAAUGUCAUGAGACAGUUGUAUACAGUGUAUGUUUAUACUGGAAAAUAUUUAACAGUGUCAGAAUGGUAGUUACUUUUGUAAAAUAUUGCAAUCUAGAAGGGAUAUUUGAACCAACCAAGGCAUCCUUAGAAGUGCUUUUGUAAAGUACUGUAGUGAUUUUCCAGCUAUGUAUAUGCAGUUAUUAUCAUCAAGUAAAAUUAUAUUGUCAGUGUAACAUGCAAUGCUAUAUCUUAAGUGAUGGAUUCAGUAUGUGUAUAUAGAAGUAGUGUAUUUAUAUGACCUGUUGAGUUUGUACUGCUAUUUGCUUUGUUAAGUUGCUGUUUCAUUUUAAUUACACAAAACUGUUUGGUACAUUUUGUAUCUUUUUCAUUUCUUGUUGAUAUUUGAGUAUCAGCUUACAUUGUCAAAGUGCUAUCCUCCAACAUGAGGAAUCCGUUCGAGGAAGUUUUUAUUGUGUAGUUGGUUUGUGUUUUAUUAUUUAUUAUUGUGUUGAACACAAACACUCUACAUGCAAAUGUAGCUGUAGGUUUUAAAAACAAAGAGGCGAGACGAACGUGUUCAGAAGAUUGUUUUGUGCUUUAAACGAACACUGUUCAGAUAUAUUGGGGCUAUAUUAUCAAAGAGCGUUGAUAAAAUACAGAAAUUUGAAUCACUCCUGGAUUGAUCUUGUGAUAUUAUGACGCUUAUUGAUAUUAUGACCCUCGUAUGGGGAGAUGAAUUAUCAUUGUAUAACCAGCAUCAGACAAUUGAUGUGGCUGAAGAUAUAGAGAAGGUUAUAAUUGAAGAAGUAUUAAAGGAAUAUAUUAAAAUGUAGUUGUUUAAGAACAUUUGCCUUGAACAAUGCCAUGUUUGUUUCACAUGUUAUGAAUAUUAAUUUGUUGCUUGUAUGUGAUUGUUUUAGUAAAAAAAUAAAUUAUUUUAUAACAUUUUGAAAUGAAA